CCCCCCACAAUGCAGUUCGCGGCGCGGCGGACAUGGCGCUGGAGCCCUGAGCUCGUCGUGUCCCGGCCUCCAGCGGCGGCGAGGGCUGCAGCGGCGGCGGCACCGCGGCGGGCGGCGGAGCGGGAGCGGGGGGCCCUGCGAUGAGGAGGCGCCGCGCGCGCCUGUAGCUCGCAGAUUGGUUGCUUGUCUAAACUGGAUUUGAAGCAAUUCAAACUGCUGGAUACCUGCUAUUUUAUAAUAUCACAAUUGGAAAGAAGCAGCUUUUCAAAUAAUGGAAGAGUCUAAGACCUCUACAAAUGAAAAUCAUGAACCAAAGAAGAAUGCUUGGGCUCUUUCUGAAGAAAACAAAACAGUUAAAGUUAUCACCAAUCAAACUUUGAAAACCAGAAAUGAAAAAACCAUAAAAGAAAUUGGAAUCAGCUCCCCAAAUAGGAAUAGUAGUAAAAAAAAUAAGCAAAAUGAUAUUUGUAUAGAAAAGACAGACAUUAAAUCAUGUAAAGUAAAUGUUGCCAGUAUUCCAGGCCCCAAAGAUUUGGGGUUAGUCCUUCGAGAUCAAAGUCAUUACAAAGCAAAAAAGUCACCUAAUUCACCUGUGAGGACAGAAAAGGUACCUGUUUCUCAGGCAAAAGUAGAAAAAGCAUCCAGUUUACAGGCAAAAGCAGAAAAAUUGACAAAGUCACCUAAUUCACUAGUGAAAACGGAAAAGACACCCAGUUCACAGGCAGCAAUAGCAGAAAAGGCACUUAGUUCACAGAAGAAAGAAAAAGCACCUAGUUCUCAGAUGAAAUCAGAAAAAGUUCCUAGUUCACCAGCAGAAGCAGAGAAGGCACCCAGUUCACAGUUGAAAGAAAACAUAAGGCAAACAGAAUUACAGCAGAUUGGAAAAAAAAUUUCAAACUCUUGUACUUCUCUUGAAAAGGUGAAUGUUGAUGUAGAGGGAGAAAAAUCUGCUCCGGAAAACUCACCACGAUCUCAGAAGCAACAAACAUCUACAGAUAAUACUGGUGAUUCUGAUGAUAGUACAUCGGGAAUUGAAGACAUAUCGGAUGAUUUGAGUAAAAUGAAGACUGACGAAUCUAAUAAAGAAACUUCUUCAGAGAUGGACUAUUUAGAAAAUGCCACUGUGAUAGAUGAGUCUACAUUGACACCUGAGCAGAGGCUAGGUUUGAAACAAGCAGAAGAACGUUUAGAAAGAGAUCACAUCUUUCGACUUGAAAAACGCUCACCAGAAUAUACCAAUUGCCGGUAUCUAUGCAAACUUUGCUUAAUUCACAUUGAAAAUAUCCAGGGAGCUCAUAAACAUAUAAAAGAGAAACGACAUAAGAAAAACAUUUUGGAAAAACAGGAAGAAAGUGAACUUCGUUCUCUCCCACCUCCUUCCCCUGCCCACUUGGCAGCUUUAAGUGUUGCAGUUACUGAAUUAGCAAAAGAACAAGGAAUAACAGAUGAUGACCUCAGAGUUCGUCAGGAGGUUGUGGAGGAAAUGUCAAAGGUUAUAACAGCAUUUUUACCAGAAUGUUCACUUAGGUUGUAUGGCUCAUCUCUGACUAAGUUUGCUCUGAAAAGUAGUGAUGUUAAUAUAGAUAUAAAAUUUCCUCCCAAGAUGACUCAUCCAGAUCUUCUGAUACAAGUGCUUGGGAUUCUAAAAAAAAGUGUAUUAUAUGUAGAUGUGGAAUCUGAUUUUCACGCUAAAGUUCCUGUUGUGGUGUGCAAAGAUCGGAAAAGUGGCUUACUUUGUAGAGUGAGUGCAGGAAAUGAUAUGGCAUGCCUCACUACUGAUUUACUUGCUGCUAUUGGCAAAAUGGAACCUGUCUUUAUUCCCUUGGUGUUAGCCUUUCGUUAUUGGGCUAAGUUGUGCUAUAUUGAUUCCCAAACUGAUGGCGGAAUUCCUUCUUACUGUUUUGCUUUAAUGGUGAUGUUUUUUCUACAACAAAGAAAACCCCCUCUUCUUCCUUGUUUACUAGGAAGUUGGAUUGAAGGCUUUGACUCAAAAAGAAUGGAUGACUUUCAGCUGAAGGGCAUAAUAGAAGAGAAAUUUGUGAAGUGGGAAUAUAACUCAAGUAGUACAACUGAGAAAAACUCACCUGCGGAGGAAAACAGAGCUAAGGCAGACCAAACAAAAGCUGAUACCAAGAAGACAGAAAAAGACAACCAAAGUAAUGCCUUAAAGGGAAAACAUGGCAAAUCUCCUUUAACAUUGGAAACACCUAACCAGAUACCCCUGGGACAGUUAUGGUUAGAGCUGCUAAAAUUUUACACACUGGAAUUUGCUUUGGAGGAGUAUGUCAUAUGUGUACGGAUAAAAGAUAUUUUAACAAGAGAAAACAAAAACUGGCCUAAAAGGCGAGUAGCCAUUGAAGAUCCAUUUUCAAUCAAGAGGAAUGUUGCACGGAGCUUAAACAGCCAGCUUGUUUAUGAAUAUGUUGUGGAGAGAUUCAGGGCAGCUUAUCGAUAUUUUGCCUGUCCUCAGAGAAAGGAUGCAGAAAAAUCUGUGGAUUCCAUGAAAAAAGAAAAAGGGAAAAUAAGCAACAAGAAACCAGUCAAGACUGACAAUAAGACAUCUAAUUGUUGCAUUCAACUUGGGAAAAGCACAGAAAAAAUAAAUGCAGAAAGGGGUCAACCUGGUAAAUAUGAUGAAAUGAAAUGUACAUCACAGAAAUGUACUACUGAAGAUGACAGUUUGUUGGUAACUGAACUAGUUUUGGCUGAAGAUGGACCGGAAUCUUCAUCUCUUUCUACCAGUGAAAGCAGAGAAGUAGAACCAAAAUCAAUUAAGAAACAAGAUGAUUUAGUUCAUUCAGAAACUUGUUUAAAAAAGGAACUUAGCCAAUGUAAUUGCACUGAUAGUAAAUCCUCUGACCCAAAUGAGUCUGUUGGUACAGACUGCAGGUCAAAUUUAGAAACAGAGAGUUCACGUCAGAGUGUGUGCACCGACACAUCUGCUACCUCUUGCAACUGCAAAGCUACAGAAGAUGCUUCUGACCUUGAUGAUGAUAACCACCCCACCCAGGAAUUCCAUUAUGUGUUUGAUAAGUUUAUUUUAACCUCUGGCAAGCCACCAACGAUAGUAUGCAGCAUCUGCAAAAAGGAUGGCCAUUCAAAGAAUGAUUGCCCAGAGGAUUUCAGGAAAAUUGACCUAAAACCUCUGCCACCAAUGACAAAUCGAUUUCGGGAAAUACUUGAUCUAGUGUGUAAAAGAUGUUUUGAUGAGUUGUCACCACCUUUCUCUGAACAACACAAUAGGGAACAAAUUUUAAUGGGCUUGGAAAAAUUUAUUCAAAAAGAAUAUGAUGAAAAGGCAAGAUUGUGCUUAUUUGGCUCUUCUAAGAAUGGAUUUGGAUUUCGUGAUAGUGAUCUGGAUAUUUGUAUGACCCUGGAAGGCCACGAAAAUGCAGAGAAAUUAAAUUGUAAGGAAAUAAUAGAAAAUUUGGCAAAAAUUCUUAAGAAACAUCCAGGUUUAAGAAAUAUUUUGCCUAUAACUACUGCCAAAGUGCCUAUAGUAAAAUUUGAACACAGACGAAGUGGUUUAGAAGGUGAUAUCAGUUUGUAUAAUACAUUGGCUCAACAUAACACAAGAAUGCUAGCUACUUAUGCAGCUAUUGAUCCUAGAGUGCAGUACUUGGGAUAUACUAUGAAAGUGUUUGCUAAGCGAUGUGAUAUUGGAGAUGCUUCCAGGGGAAGUUUAUCUUCAUAUGCUUAUAUCCUUAUGGUGCUGUACUUUCUGCAGCAAAGAAAACCACCUGUUAUCCCAGUUCUACAAGAGAUCUUUGAUGGAAAACAGAUUCCACAGAGAAUGGUUGAUGGAUGGAAUGCUUUUUUCUUUGAUAAAACAGAAGAACUGAAAAAACGUUUACCUUCACUUGGAAAGAAUACAGAAACAUUAGGAGAGCUUUGGUUGGGACUGCUUCGUUUCUAUACUGAAGAGUUUGAUUUCAAGGAAUAUGUAAUUAGCAUUCGGCAGAAAAAGCUGUUAACAACUUUUGAGAAGCAGUGGACAUCCAAAUGCAUUGCAAUAGAAGAUCCUUUUGACUUGAAUCAUAAUCUUGGUGCUGGAGUUUCUAGAAAAAUGACCAAUUUCAUCAUGAAGGCAUUUAUCAAUGGAAGGAAACUUUUCGGUACUCCCUUUUAUCCACUCAUUGGCAGAGAAGCUGAGUACUUCUUUGAUUCCAGAGUAUUAACAGAUGGAGAACUGGCUCCCAAUGAUCGAUGUUGCCGUGUUUGUGGAAAAAUAGGCCACUACAUGAAAGACUGUCCUAAAAGGAGAAGCAGUUUACUGUUUAGAGUAAAGAAGAAAGACAGUGAAGAAGAGAAGGAAGGGAAUGAAGAAGAGAAAGACUCUCGAGACCUUGACCCUGAGACUCGAGACUUCAGAGAACCACGAGACCUCAGAUGCUUUAUCUGUGGAGAUGCGGGGCACGUGCGAAGGGAGUGCCCAGAGGUCAAGCUGGCACGUCAGAGGAAUAGCAGUGUGGCAGCAGCCCAGCUGGUUCGCAACCUUGUAAACGCCCAACAAGUGGCUAAUUCAUCCCAGCAACAGGGCGAUCAGUCCAUAAGGACUAGACAGUCCUCAGAAUGUUCUGAUUCACCAUCUUAUUCUCCCCAGCCCCAACCAUUCCCACAGAACUCUUCCCCAUCAGCUGCCAUUACCCAGGCUUCACCCCAGCCAGGAUCCCAACCCAAACUUGGCCCACCUCAGCAGGGAGCCCAGCCCCCCCACCAGGUCCAGAUGCCUAUAUAUAACUUUCCCCAGUCACCGCCAACUCAGUAUUCUCCCAUGCACAAUAUGGGACUGUUGCCAAUGCACCCCCUCCAGAUCCCUGCCCCCUCCUGGCCUCUCCAUGGCCCAGUGAUCCACUCUGCACCAGGCAGUGCCCCCAGCAAUAUUGGCCUGAACGAUCCCAGCAUCAUCUUUGCACAGCCUGCUGCCAGACCUGUGGCAAUCCCUAACGCCUCUCACGAUGGACACUGGCCUCGUACUGUGGCUCCAAAUUCCCUGGUGAACAACGGCGCAGUGGGGAACUCUGAGCCAGGCUUUCCAGGACUAAACCCUCCAAUUCCUUGGGAACAUGCACCACGCCCCCAUUUUCCUCUUGUCCCAGCUUCGUGGCCUUAUGGUUUGCAUCAAAACUUCAUGCAUCAGGGAAAUGCCAGAUUUCAGCCCAACAAACCUUUCUAUACUCAAGACAGAUGUGCCACCCGUCGGUGUAGAGAGCGUUGUCCCCACCCACCAAGAGGAAACGUGUCGGAGUAAUGCGAGUCCAUUUUCUUUCAGCUGGUCUACCGAUGCACAGCAACCAGCCAAUCCUGCUGUCUCAAGGGUAUCCGUACCUCAAUGUCAGUUACAUUCAGCAGAAAAAGUGACAUUUAAUGGAAAGCAAAACAAAUCAGGUCCUGAUUUAAAAUUUUAACACGUUUAGAUAGCUUAUUUAAAUUCUAAAACUGUUUUUAAGAACUGUAUUAUUUGUAUAUAAAUAUGAACUAUAGUUUUUACUAGUAUCACCACAUUGAGUGAUACAAAUUUCAUCUAUUUUAUUACCCUAUUUUUAAGGGAAUUUUAUGUUUUGUUUAACCUUGAUGAAUUGUAUAAAGAGAGAAUUUAAAAAAUUACAUUCUUUAUUUUCUAUUAGCUGUAUUCAUACUUUGGUUGCUUCAGACUUUAUAUAUAUUGUUCUUAAGAAUUAGAAAGACUUUCAUGUGUUUUAAAUUUGUCACUUCUAUUCUUUACAGAACCUUGUAGUGCCAAAAACUUUUUAAAAGGUAAAAAAAAAAAUAAAAAUAAAAACUACAACAUGAAGAUUCAGAAUUUUUUCUUUUACAGUCUUGUACAGUAUAUUGAAAAUAUUCAAACUUGAACAGAAAAUUGCUUUUGUCUGUAUUUGAAGUAAUUCUAUUUUAAGUUAAUAAAUCUUUUUGACAAGAGUCAAA